CCAGAGUUUGGCAAUAGAAGCUGAAUAGCAAAAGUUGUGCCAACACUUUUUGAAAACAGUUAAUAAAAAACCAACUCAAGAUGCCUUGCAAAGGAUGCGGAAAUAACUGUCAGUGCACAUCCGGCAAAUGUGGCGGUAACUGUGCCGGAAACCAGCAAUGCCAAUGCGCCAGCAACAAAACGUGCAGUGCCACCACCACCAGCAGCAGCAGCGGCAAGUGUUGUCAGGCCAAGUAAAUGCGACAUUAAGCAUACGCCAGUUGUGCUAAGAAAUCUCUGACUGUUACGUUUUAUACUAUGCGCUUAAAUAAAUUUAAUAAUAAGUAAAUCAAA